GCUUGCUAUUGACAGAGUCUCCACGGAAGUCACCCUCACAGUUAAGAAAGAUGUUCCCCCUUCAGCUGUUACGAGGCCUAUAUAUGGCAUUUUGGGCACAAUUAGGUUGGUGGCAGGCACAUAUCUGAUAGUAAUAACAAAAAAGAAAAAAGUAGGUGAGAUUUUCAGUCAUGUCAUCUGGAAAGCAACAGAUUUUGACAUUCUCUCCUACAAAAAGACCAUGCUGCACUUAACUGAUAUUCAGAUGCAGGACAAUAAAGUAUUUCUGUCGAUGCUCAAUCAUGUCUUGAGCGUGGAUGGCUUUUACUUCUCCACAACCUACGAUCUGACGCACACCUUGCAGCGGUUAGCCAACACCAGCCCUGAGUUCCAGGAGAUGAGCCUCCUGGAGAGGGCAGAUCCCCGGUUUGUGUGGAAUGGACACCUCCUCAGAGAAUUUGCUGCUCAACCAGAGAUCCAAAGGUUUGCUAUACCAGUGAUGCAUGGAUUUAUCACUAUGCACUCCUGUUCUAUUAAUGGCAAGUGUUUUGACUGGCUGCUUAUCUCCAGGAGAAGCUGUUUCAGGGCUGGUGUUCGCUACUACGUGAGAGGUAUUGAUUCAGAAGGGCAUGCUGCCAAUUUUGUUGAAACAGAACAAAUUGUGCAUUACAAGGGGAGCAAGGCAUCCUUUGUUCAGACCCGUGGAUCAAUUCCUUUUUUCUGGUCUCAAAGACCAAACCUCAAGUAUAAACCAAAGCCACAGAUCAGCAAGUCAGUAAAUCAUAUGGAUGGCUUCCAAAGACACUUUGACUCACAAAUAAUUAGCUAUGGGAAGCAAGUGAUUGUCAACUUGGUCAACCAAAAAGGUUCAGAGAAGCCUCUAGAGCAAACGUUUGCAAAAAUGGUGAACAGCAUGGCAAAUGGAAUGGUCAGGUAUGUAGCAUUUGACUUCCAUAAAGAGUGCAGUCGGAUGAGGUGGGAUCGACUGCAGAUUUUGUUGGACCAGGUCGCAGAACAGCAGGACGAGUUCAGUUACUUUCUAGUGGACUGUGAUGGCAAAAUCAUGACCCAGCAGGAAGGGACAUUCCGCAGCAACUGCAUGGACUGCCUGGACCGCACCAACGUCAUUCAGAGCUUGCUGGCACGGCGCUCCCUGCAAGCACAGCUGCAGAGGUUAGGUGUUCUGCACGUUGGACAGAGGAUUGAAGAGCAAGCAGAUUUUGAGAAAAUCUACAAAAAUGCCUGGGCUGAUAAUGCUAAUGCUUGUGCCAAACAAUAUGCUGGAACUGGUGCCUUAAAGACGGAUUACACAAGGACUGGGAAGAGAACUCAGUGGGGUGCAAUAAUGGAUGGCUGGAACUCAUUGAUACGUUACUACAAAAACAACUUUUCUGAUGGAUUUAGACAAGAUGCAAUUGAUCUUUUUCUGGGAAAUUAUUCAGUGGAUGAAGUAGAACCUGCUAGUCCUCUACAUGUUAAGAAAGACUGGAAGUUCUUAGCUUUGCCUAUUAUUAUGGUGGUUGCUUUCUCCAUGUGUAUUAUUUGCUUGCUAAUGGCUGGUGAUACAUGGACUGAGACACUGGCCUAUGUGCUCUUCUGGGGAAGUGCAAGCUUUGGAACUUUGGCCAUCAUCCUUUACAACGGCAAGGAUUUUGUAGAUGCACCCAAGCUGGUCCAGAAGGAGAAGAUGGACUGAAUUUGUGUGUGUGGAAAGCGGCUUAGUACUGAGGAUUCCUCCAGCCACACAUGGAGUCUCUACUGACCUGCUUUCCACACCAGAUAGUGCUCUUUUUAACAUUCUUCCUUGGCAGCAUGAGGGGUGGAGAAGAAAUUGUCCUUUGGUGGUGGUAGCUUUCAACUGAGACCUGACUUGACAGUCUGAGCUGCAAUGGUCUUUGGAAUAUUGCAUUAGUGGAGGGGGCUCUGCUCUUACUGAGGUGAGGCAGAAGACAGCUUUUUUUGGUAUCUGGCAUGUUUUGGGGCAUAAGUGGACUGCCUAAGCUCAUAGUCCACCUGGGCUGUUUUAGCUGAAUCUUUGGUCUCUGGCUUGACAGGACAGAGCCCUGAUCACGUUCCAGUGUCAAAGAAACACCUCAAACAGAUGCUGAAGCAUUAAUAAUAGAGCUUCUAAUCACAGUCUCUGAAUAAAUAUGGCUCCAUACCAAUGAAGCCUGAUUCCCAGGCUUGCAGCUGGAUUGUUUGUGCUAAGUCCGUGUUAAGGAUUCCUUUAUGCAUGUUUGUCUGGAUUCUUUUUGCUAAUUGAAUCCUAAAGCUCUCCUAAAACUCUGGUUUGUCUUGAACUGAUGCAGUAUUCUAUUAAUCAUUGUUUGGGUGAAAGGACAGUAUAAAUGGAUGUUCCUGAGGUUGCAGAUGUCUUGCACUAUUGCAGUAGUACGGUCUCCAGACGGUGAUUCAUUAGUUAUCAAAUCAAAAGACAACAUUUUCUUUCUAAACAUGUAAAAUGAAAUCAAAGAAUGUAAAAAUCCUUUGCAGUGUUUAUUGAACCUUCCUUAUGCUAAGAUCCAAAGUAUUACAUGACUUUAAGAAUGGCUCACAACAUAAGGUGAACUUCAUGUUUUGCUAGUCAGCUGCUUCUAUUCUUGGUUAUGUUGAAGUAACUUGUUAAAGAAGGAAGAACAACCCAAGGAGAAAGCAUUUAGCCUAAACUCCGUAUUUCCACUUGGGAGCAGCAGCUUGCUUUUCAUGCAUGAUACUGUAACACUCUUGAAACAAAAAGCUACAGAAAAAUUUGUGCUGGCUAAUAAUAAAUGUGUGUCUUUUCAAUUUAGUGCUUCCAAGCUGUAUAAA